UCACACAUGAGGCAUUCAAGAUGCAACUGGACAGCUAUCUGAGAGGGAUGGUUCAGUUUGGAGUCGUGGAUUGAGCAACAGGUUGAACCUGAUGACCUUCCUGGUUCCAAGUCUGCCAUUCUAUGAUACGAUGAAUCUCUUGAGCUUUAUCAAAAUUUUCAAGCAGAACAGCAAAAAGGAGGCAAAGUGUAUUGGUUUAUACUAUCCAUUUUGCUGAAACAGGUUUAAAAACUAAGAGUACAGAUGCUGAUUAAUUGUGAGUGAAUCUACCACAUCUUAGAUUAAACAAGUUGGAAUUGUCAUGUCUAGUACAAUCCUAGUAUAGUAGUAAAGCAUAGGGAAAACUAGUAGUAGCUUGCUGUCCAAAAGAAACAAUCACUGCAGGCCUUUGAAAAGUGAAUGCUUAUCAGAGAAGAUCCAAAAAUACCUUGGUACAUACCAAGCAGAUGUCAGUUGUGUGAGUGAGUGGCCAUCAGAAACUGAUCCUCUAAAAACAGCUUUCUGUGUGAAUUUAUCCAUACCAAAUUAAAAUGAUGGGCAGAAACAUUGCCCUGAAGCUCUCUGGCUUCAUGUGGGUUUCCACAUUUCACUCCAUGCCACUUCUCUGAGGUGCCUAUAAUUUGCUUCUCCUUGUAAGGAUGCUGCAGAAUGGAUCUUUAGCAGUUUUACCUGCAUCUGCCUAGUAAUGACAUCAUAACCAGAGUGCUUAUCACCCCCCAUCCUUUCCAGCUUGAACUGUGAUGUCAGCUAGCAAACGCAAACCCCACAAAAGGAGCAGGAACUGAAGGGAAGCUGUCGUUUUGGGCCAAGAGAAACAAGACUUGUAAACCUCAUUCCUAGAGCUGGGGGGCAGAGCUUAUCUGGGAGCAGAACUGUUAUAUGUGGCUUCUUUUGCCACAUGAUUCUCAGUGUCGCUCAGCUAAACAGGUGACAGCCCUACUUCUAACCCUUCCACGAGCUUUACAAAGCUAUGUGCAUUGGCUGAAUCCAAGCCAAAACUAAGCUGUUAUGAUGAAAAAGGCUGGCUUCCUUUUCCUUGAAGACAAUAUUGUGUGUCCAAUAUGCCUUGAGGUAUUCAGAGAGCCUGUCACCACAGCCUGUGGGCACAACUUCUGUAUGGACUGUUUGCAGGAUUACUGGGACCACCAAGCCCUGACUGGGGAAUGCCCCUACUGCCCUCAAUGCCGCGAGCCCUUCAGUUCACGGCCUCAUCUCCGCAAAAACAUAACUCUGGGAGAAAUUGCCCUGCGGUUCGCCCGAGCGGAGGCUCAGGAGUCACAGAAACUAGCAGGGUCGAGGGACGUCCCUUGCGACUUCUGUUCACCCAUGAAGUUGAAGGCUGUCAAGUCCUGCCUGCAGUGCAUGGCUGCCUUGUGUGACAACCACAUCAGGUCCCACUAUGAAGACAGGACCUUCAAGAACCAUCAGCUGAUAGCGCCCCUUGCUGACCUGAAGGCCAACAUGUGCCUGAAGCAUCGAAGACUGCUGGAGCUGUUCUGCAAAAUGGAAGGCAAGUUCAUUUGCCAAAUUUGCCUCCGGGAGGAACAUAAGAACCAUGAAGCAGUCUCUCUAAAGGAGGACAGAAAAAAGAAAGAAGUGGAGGUGAAGAGGAUACAUGCCAAUGUAGAGAAUCAGAUCUUGAUGCUGGCAGCAGACAGUCAGAAACACCGGGGGAGAGUGAACUACCUCACGAAAGUGGUGAAGUCUGCCAGGGAUGAAGUGAAUCGGGCCUUUGCUGAGGUGAUGAAAGAACUCAAGCGACUGCAGACCAAGGUGAUGGACUUCAUAGACCAAGAGGAAAGAUCAGCCUUAGUUGAAAUGGGGCAUUCCAUUCAGCACAGGCAAGAGCAAAUGGCUGAUCUCAGGAAGCAGAACCUGUGGCUGGCAACUCUUGUGGGUGACCCAAGCGACCAUCAGUUCCUGCAGGACUUCCCAAAGAUAAAAAUAAUGUCCGGUUGUAUGGAAGCUUUGGUUGGUCUGAAAUGUGAGGAACCGACCAGUUUCGUUGGUCUUAAACAGAUCCUGACUGACUUGAAAUCCCAGAUAUCCAUGAUUGGACUCUGCUUCAUCAACAAGGUCCUUCAGAAAGGGAUCACAAUGGUACCCUAUGAAGUGAUACCAGCACCCACAGAUCGGAAGAAUCUCCUAAAAUCAGCUUAUUGUGUCCUGAAUUUCGAUGCCAGCACUGCCAAUGAAGAGCUCUUCCUGUUUGAAGAGACCCACUCCGUGCUGAACUUGGGGAUCCUCUUGGAGAACUACUCAAAACCCAGCCAAGGCUUCAAUCACUGGCCGCAGCUCUUGUGCAGCCGCAGCCUCUGUGAGGGCUGCCAUUACUGGGAGGCCGAGAUCGCGAAUGCGUGGCUUUCCUUAGGAGUCACCUACAACUACAGGCAUAGGACCGAGAAAACAUGCAUGCUGCACCUGAUUGGCAGGAAUGGCAAUUCGUGGUGCCUGGAGUGGGACUCGGUGAAGUUCUCCGUCUGGCAUGACAACGUCCAGACUGUGGUGCAAGGCGACUUCUACAAAACCAUUGGGGUCUUGCUGGAUUAUGCUGCAGGCUCCUUGACGUUCUAUGGUGUCACCAGCACCAUGAAUCUCAUCUACCGCUUCCUAACCACCUUCACCGAGCCACUAUACCCAGCUGCCAUGGUGAGCAGUGGGGCUUCCAUUACUUUGAAACAGCACCCGGAGUAGAGGGAAACAUGCAUACAGAACCCCCAGCUCCCACCACUUAAACGCCAAGGCUGAUAAAAUUAACUUUUAUCUCAUUCCUGCCUGAACAGAAUUCUGUAUUCAUUUUUUAGACUUGCAGUGCUGCAGUCAGAAGCAAACAACGCCCCUUAACUGUGCGGGUUUACAGUGGCGCUUUUAAAGGUGCUUGGUGGUGUGGGCAUCUUUGCACUACCAAUUUAGCUUCUCCCAAGAAUCUAGAAUCCCUGUAAAUGGUAAUUCGAUGAGGAGGGGCACGGCUGUUGGGAAUUAUUUUGUUAGAAGUUGGUGGCUCUUCUGACGGUGCUAUGAUUCUUGGAGCUCUCCAGGGAAAGAGAAAUUAUUCUUAAACAACUUUAAGUCUGUAGAUUAGAUGUUUGUGCACAUGCCCAUGUGCUGAGUUUUUUUUUUUUAAAGACAGGUACUAUACUUCAAGCCUGUCUAUAAAUCCCACUGUUCCCUUUUAAA